GCAGCAUUUGGCAGGCGUGUCAGACCUGUGCUCGUCCCCUCAAUAUCUCCUUGCGCGAACAGUACCGCGCCUCUGCUUUUCAAGUCUCCGGCGCCAUCCGGCCACGUCCAGUUCGCCGCCGACUUGGUUCUCCUCCUCGUCGUCCGAUCUUCAAAGGCCAGGCCACCCGCCAUCCCGUUGGGCGGAUCGAAGUCGGAAAGUCUCAUACACCACCUGUUUCAAGCGCUUUUUCAAGCAUAGUAGGAUCAAUUGCUAACAGAAGGAGCAGAACGAAUGAGGAUAGUGGGGUUGACAGGUGGAAUUGCUUCCGGGAAGAGUACCGUCUCGAAUCUCUUCAAGGAACGUGGCAUUCCAGUCGCUGAUGCCGAUCUUGUUGCUCGAGAUGUGUUGAAGAAGGGCACUGGUGGCUGGAAAAACGUUGUUUCAGCAUUUGGAGAUGACAUUUUGCAACCAGAUGGAGAAGUUGAUAGGCCUAAACUGGGACAAAUUGUGUUCUCUAAUCCAGAAAAGCGCCAACUUCUUAACCGACUGCUAGCUCCUUAUAUAUCGUCUGGAAUCUUUUGGGAAACUUUGAAGCUAUGGAUGAAGGGGUGUAAGGUUAUUGUUCUUGAUGUUCCUCUGUUGUUCGAGGCCAAGAUGGACAAAUGGACAAAGCCUAUUGUUGUUGUAUGGGUUGAUCCUGAAACGCAGCUCCGGAGACUCAUGUCGAGGGACAGAACAAGUGAGGAGGAUGCUGGAAACAGGAUAAAUGCUCAGAUGUCACUCGAUAUAAAACGGACCAGGGCAGACAUAGUGGUUGAUAACACUGGAUCACUAGAAGAUUUAAGAGUACAGUUCCGCAACGUCUUACUUGAGGUCACAAAGCCCUUGACAUGGACCGAAUUUGGGCUUUCUAGACAAGGUGCCUCGUCCGUUCUUGUCUCCAUUAUCGUAGGUGUUCUUAUAUUCAAGAAAGUUUUAUAAACUUAUAGUUCAUAGCAACCUUGGAAUUGUACUUGUUGAGAACUUGAUCUGUCAUUCAUAGAACAAGAAGCUUAACCUUUUGUUUUGUAGCAGCAGUGAAGAAUGAUUCAAUGCAUUUACCUAAGGCUUUUGUA